GCCUGGCAACGCUAGUGUAGUCGUACGUUCGUAUUGGUUCGUAUCGUACAGUCGUAGUAGUCAUUAAGUCCAUAUUAAGUCAUUCCACAAAAGCACUACUACGUAUUAACACCAGUAAAGUAAAGUAAAACAACAAAAGUACAUAACACCAAAGUAACAAUAACAACACCUAAACUACUAAAAACUGUGCCUAAACACCAGUCCAGUGCAGUGAGUAGUGAGUCCAGAGUCCUCGUUCGUCAUCAGUCCAUUGACAAUAAUUACGGUUGUGUUUAUAUGCGUCACAAAUUCGUGUUAACAAAAUUUACCUGUGGACAUCUAUAAUAAUACAUUGGUGCAUUUUAAUGAAUGAAACAGCUAGGACGCUAAGUGCGUGUCAAAUUUGAUAGUUUUAGUGGGAAGUGAUUUUAUUUUUAUGCUAUUUUAAUGUAAACAAAUAUGGUUGUGUGAGUGUUUUUAUAUAUUUUAACUGUCUGGAUUACUUUUUACCUUAUAAUUGUUUCCUCAUCCAGAUUAUCGUUAUAUCGUUUCGAGGGGUGUUGCCCUCGACUCCACGCCACUGAAAACCAACGUUCAGUAAGAUUUCCAGGCUGGAAAAUGCCCUUGCGGCAGCUCUUCCUACUUUUUUGUCUGUGCUUUCUUUGUACUUCGUUAACAACCGUUGAAAGUCAGGUGCUGCCUAAAUGUUUAGAUGGAGAAGAAGUCACGCCGAAAAAAUACUUUCGAUCUGAUGGGCAAUCCCUGACGAUUAUGUUGGAAACUUCAAGUAGAACGACUCACAUGUUGGCAACGCAUAUUUUCUACAUUUACGCCAAAGAAGUUUUGGGAUAUCCCAAAAUUAAUAUAUCGAUCUUGGAGGAUGAUUUCCAAAUCGAGACCGUGAUGAGCAGGUUGACCAGCUAUGCUUCCAUCGGCGUAGAAAUACCUCCGGCUACUAUCAACUUGGAAGUAUGGACAAGUCCCGACUACGAUACCUUCGCAAAAGAAUUUGUCAAGGAAGUAGGUACCGUAGCUCCACCAGGACGAUUUGGGUGGUUCAUCCCCAAAAAAUUUGCGAGACCUGUCAAAAAGUACUACAGUGAUAGGUUCUUUUGGGAUGACUCUAUUCAAGAAGUCCAUUGGUCUUUCUUCCUCGACAUCAGACUUGCCAGCAGUUUUGCCCUAGAUAAUUCCAUAUUGAACAGGAUUGUUUACAACAAUUCUUACCAUAAGGAGAGCGGUACUGAUGAAUAUGUCUGUCCCAGAGGUACUUGCGAAGAAAGUAUGUACACUCCUCCUCAGUGUAGCGGCGGCAAAGACUGCGCUGUAUUACUUGCACCUGGGUUCAAUUCCAGUAAAUUUCUGAUAGAACAAGUCAACGAAAUCGGAGCAUUUGUAAAAGUUUUAUGGCUCGGCAAAGGCCUAAAACCAACAAUACGACUUUUAAACGAGUAUUUCCUACAGCAAAGGAGCCAACAGAGCUAUAUGUUUUUCUAUUGGUAUCCUGGAGAACUGGUCAUUGACGAAAAGCAGUUUAUUACGGUUAAAUUCAAGAACAACGAAUUAUACAACUUCACUAAUAAUAUGGUGAACGGUUAUAAAUACGAAAUGCAUCGAUUGGUCAAAAUGGUUUGGUCGAAGCUAGAAGAAGAUGCUAAUCCUCUCUUUUUGGGCGUAAGACAUUUCAAAUUAAGAGAAGAAGACUAUACUUUCUUAUUGAAUUUAACGGAAAAUAAUUUCGGGAAUGAAAAUCAAAUAGCUUGUAAAUGGAUGAAAGAAAAUCAAGAUGUUUGGAAGGAGUGGAAAGUUAUCCUAACCAAACCGACUAUUAACAUUGGAGGAAUCUUCCCAAUGACAUCCACGGCAUUCAAUGGAAUAGGUAUAGCCCAAGGAGCCAAGGCGGCUGUUGAAUUUAUUAACAAAAAUUCAAGUCUUUUGAAAGACUACAAUCUAAGCCUGUUGCUAUUCGAUGGAAAAUGCCAACCAGACUCCGUCAUGACACACUUUUUAGAGAUGAUAGUAAAUCAAAAAACCUACGUUAAUCUGGUUGGUGUUCUUGGACCCGCUUGCACAGAAACUAUCGAACCAAUAGCAGCUGUGUCAAAACAGUACCAUGUUUUGAUCGUUUCCUACAGCGCAGAAGGAGCUAGCUUCUCGGACAGAAAAAAAUAUCCUUAUUUCUUCAGAACCAUCGGAGAAAACCAACAUUAUAAGCAUGUUUAUUUGGCUUUAUUUAAACACUUCGGCUGGAAACGAGUUGCUGCUCUAACUGAAGAUGGACAGAAGUACACUGAAUAUAUCUCCUUAAUGAGCGAUGAUUUGGAGAAGAAUCAGAUCAGUUUUAUUGCGAAUAAGAAGUUUCCUCGAGGCAGAACUACCGAAGAAAUGAAAUUGUAUGUGAACGACUUAAAAGAAAAACGAGCAAGAAUAAUCAUUGCCGAUGUAUUCGAUCAUGAUGCACGAAUGGUGAUGUGCGAGGCAUACAAACUUGAUAUGACAGCAAAACAGGGUUAUGUGUGGUUUUUGCCCGUUUGGUUGGGCAGAAAUUGGUACGAUACCAGCAUCAACGACAAUAAAGAAAAAAUUAAUUGCAGUCGUGCUGAAAUGAUAGAGGCAGCAAAUGGUUACUUUUCCUUAACCCAUGCAUUCUACGCUUCAAACGAUUCCAUAAUGCAAGAAAAUAAAACUGUAGGACAAUGGAAGCAGAGCGUGGCUAAAACUGGGCCUGCGAUUCUGAAUUCAGACUACGCAGGAUUUGCAUACGAUGGCGUUUGGACAUAUGCAAUGGCAUUGAACCAGUUGGCUAAAGAAGAUCCAGAAGCUUUGUCGAAUCUGCAUUCAGAUACAACUGCUUCAAAACUAGUACAAUAUAUUCAAAAAUUGGACUUUAAUGGUGUGUCUGGCCACAUUAAAUUCAGAGGAGGUCCAUCACGUUUCUCCACUAUAAACAUCGUCCAAUGGUACAACGAGAACCAACAUAUCGUGGGCAGUUUCAACCCUAACGUUACUCACAACAGGGCCGAAAUCAAUGGUGGUAAUCUAACCCUCUACGAUCCGCUCAUUAAAUGGUAUACGGAAAACGGAGCAGUACCAGAAGAUGGAACACUACCCCCUCCCACUUGCGCUUUGGAAGGAUUGGCAAAGGCAUUCAACGUUAGCUGUCAGACUGCUGCGAUUAUUUUGAACAUCUUUUUAGUCGCUGUUCUGCUCAUAAUUGUAGUCGUUGUGGUCUUCUACAUGAAGAGAAAAUAUGCUUUGAAGGUUGAGAAAACGAAGAACUAUAUGAGAUCUCUCGGUAUUCCAUUUGACAUGCACAAUACCAGCGACCUCGACAAAUGGGAGAUACGUAGGGAAUGCGUAGUCAUCAACAGAAAACUGGGAGAGGGAGCUUUCGGUACUGUAUAUGGAGGUGAAGUAUCAGUAGACAACAACAGCAACUGGACAGCAGCAGCAGUAAAAACUCUCAAAGUAGGAUCUACGACAGAAGAAAAACUCGACUUCCUUUCGGAAGCAGAAGCAAUGAAACGUUUCGACCAUAAAAAUAUCGUUAAACUCUUGGGAGUUUGCACCAAAGAGGAACCUGUCUACACCAUUAUGGAAUUCAUGCUGUACGGCGAUCUCAAAACGUAUCUUCUCGCUCGUAGACACCUGGUUAAGUCUGAUAUUGAGGAGUCUGAGGAAGUCAGUCCAAAGCGUUUGACUAAUAUGUCCUUAGAUGUAGCAAGAGGACUGAGUUAUUUGGCGGAGAUGAAAUUCGUUCAUAGAGAUAUUGCUUCGAGAAAUUGUUUAGUGAAUGCUCAACGUUCUGUGAAGAUUGGCGAUUUUGGUAUGACCAGAGCAAUGUUUGAUAAUGACUACUACAAGUUUACCAGAAGGGGAAUGCUGCCUGUAAGAUGGAUGUCUCCUGAAAGUUUAGCUCUCGGUGUAUUUACCCCAUCUUCGGACAUAUGGAGUUUUGGUGUACUACUCUACGAGAUCACUACGUUCGGCAAUUUCCCAUUCCAAGGAAAAAGUAACGCGCAGGUUUUGGAAUUAGUUAAAGACGGUCAGACGUUGGAUAUUCCAAAAGGCACAAAGCCACAAUUGGUCGGUUUAAUGAAGUCCUGUUGGAAACGAGAAUCCAAAGAGCGUCCCACAGCAUGCCAAAUUGUAGACUUCCUCGCAAACAACCCAAGACUGUUAUCGCCAUGUUUGGACGUUCCCAUAUCAUCCGUUCAAAUCGGAGACAGUGAUCAGCUCGAAUUGUCUCGCAAAGACCUUAAGGUGUCCCCGAGUAAAUCUGCGAACGGAUCUACGUUCCAAGCUCCAAACACAGUGUUUGACGAUAGGCCGGAUCCGGAUAGCAUACCCCUGGAGGUGUGCUGUGUCAAAGAGCCGCUGUUGGGACAGGGACGGGCUAGCAGCUCGAACUUACUCAGCAGAUUUUCCAAAUAGGUAUGAAGAUAAGUUUUUAUUGCAAUACAACUGAAACAUUUAGAAUUACGUAUCUGUGGCUUUUCAAAACUAUUUAGAAAGUCACUACAAUUGUAAAUUUGAUUUUAUUUCUGUCCUCACGACAAUAAAAACUAUUAUAAUAUACAACAUUUUUGUUUACCGAUAACCUCCAUAUUGAACAAUUAUUGACAGAUCAUUUCAACACCCAAUCAGAGCCUGUAUAACGACUAAUACCAUACUGUCGGUGUGCGCAUUCGCCCAGUAAAAUAAAAAUUCACUCCAAAUCGCGCCUAAAGAAGUAUAACUUCAAAAAGUUCAAAAAAGUCAAUAGAUGUCGCUAGAACCACAAAAAAGAAUUAUAUCCAACUCCAUGGCGUUGAUGACAUUUGGAAACAUGAAUUAAAUGUUGGAAUUGUCUUCAGGAACAGAUUAGAAACCGGAUCUGUACCAGCUGGUAUACCGUUUAAUGGUUCAGGCGGUGUUUCAAUUUCAGGAAGUUUCACCUUUCCUGACACGCAACACAUUCCGGCUGGCUCAUUUUCAAAUUUGAGGGCAAUGAGGGCAUUCUUUAUCCAUAGCACCAAUUGUCACUUUUGAAUGAGUAUAAUAUUCAAUAUUUGGCUCAUACUUGAAUGCUAAACGCAGGAAUGAAUCAGACGUAAAUACUCUAUUUAUCUGUUGGUGUUGUUGGUCAUUGACCAGAUAUGCCAGAUAUGCGCCUCCGCCAAAAUUUUGAUGAUUAUACCAGAGAUAUGGUCCUUCGGCAAAAUUUUGAAAUAUUUUUUGGUACAUUAAAAAUAGUAAUCGUAAAGUUAAAACUUCAUAUUUUCACUGAUUUUAGUACAAUUUUCGCUUGUUCUUUUUGUGUGCUUAGUGUCGUCUCUCGUGCUCUCGUAUUGUCCUAGGGCCUAGAUUUGCUAUCUCGGAAACUAAUUGAGCUAGAGAGACGAUUUAUACACCGUUUUUUUCGCAAUGCAGCAAGGAGUCCACCUGCCAAAUUUCAUGAAAAUCGGUCAAGCGGUUUCGGAGGAGUACGGUAACAAAGCCUGCGAAUUAGAAUUUUAUAUAUAUAGAUGUUAAACCACGAAAUUUUUUUAAAAAAAUAACGGUUAAAGAUAGAAAAGUGAAAAUUUAGGAUUGUAUGUAUCUUUUGCUUCUGAAUCAUAUACAAUUAAGAAAAAUCGGUUUGUCGAAAAAUAAAAAAAAAAUUUAGGGGGGGCAAAGCCCCCUUAUGACGUACGGCUAUGAAAUAUAGAUAACAACCUACUCCCUGUCCGGUCGAGUCCACCUGCCAAAUUUCAUGAAAAUCGGUCAAGCGGUUUCGGAGGAGUACGGUAACAAAGCCUGCGAAUUAGAAUUUUAUAUAUAUAGAUGUUAAACCACGAAAUUUUUUUAAAAAAAUAACGGUUAAAGAUAGAAAAGUGAAAAUUUAGGAUUGUAUGUAUCUUUUGCUUCUGAAUCAUAUACAAUUAAGAAAAAUCGGUUUGUCGAAAAAUAAAAAAAAAAUUUAGGGGGGGCAAAGCCCCCUUAUGACGUACGGCUAUGAAAUAUAGAUAACAACCUACUCCCUGUCCGGUCGAGUCCACCUGCCAAAUUUCAUGAAAAUCGGUCAAGCGGUUUCGGAGGAGUACGGUAACAAAGCCUGCGAAUUAGAAUUUUAUAUAUAUAGAUGUUAAACCACGAAAUUUUUUUAAAAAAAUAACGGUUAAAGAUAGAAAAGUGAAAAUUUAGGAUUGUAUGUAUCUUUUGCUUCUGAAUCAUAUACAAUUAAGAAAAAUCGGUUUGUCGAAAAAUAAAAAAAAAAUUUAGGGGGGGCAAAGCCCCCUUAUGACGUACGGCUAUGAAAUAUAGAUAACAACCUACUCCCUGUCCGGUCGAGUCCACCUGCCAAAUUUCAUGAAAAUCGGUCAAGCGGUUUCGGAGGAGUACGGUAACAAAGCCUGCGAAUUAGAAUUUUAUAUAUAUAGAUGUUAAACCACGAAAUUUUUUUAAAAAAAUAACGGUUAAAGAUAGAAAAGUGAAAAUUUAGGAUUGUAUGUAUCUUUUGCUUCUGAAUCAUAUACAAUUAAGAAAAAUCGGUUUGUCGAAAAAUAAAAAAAAAAUUUAGGGGGGGCAAAGCCCCCUUAUGACGUACGGCUAUGAAAUAUAGAUAACAACCUACUCCCUGUCCGGUCGAGUCCACCUGCCAAAUUUCAUGAAAAUCGGUCAAGCGGUUUCGGAGGAGUACGGUAACAAAGCCUGCGAAUUAGAAUUUUAUAUAUAUAGAUGUUAAACCACGAAAUUUUUUUAAAAAAAUAACGGUUAAAGAUAGAAAAGUGAAAAUUUAGGAUUGUAUGUAUCUUUUGCUUCUGAAUCAUAUACAAUUAAGAAAAAUCGGUUUGUCGAAAAAUAAAAAAAAAAUUUAGGGGGGGCAAAGCCCCCUUAUGACGUACGGCUAUGAAAUAUAGAUAACAACCUACUCCCUGUCCGGUCGAGUCCACCUGCCAAAUUUCAUGAAAAUCGGUCAAGCGGUUUCGGAGGAGUACGGUAACAAAGCCUGCGAAUUAGAAUUUUAUAUAUAUAGAUGUUAAACCACGAAAUUUUUUUAAAAAAAUAACGGUUAAAGAUGGAAAAGUGAAAAUUUAGGAUUGUAUGUAUCUUUUGCUUCUGAAUCAUAUACAAUUAAGAAAAAUCGGUUUGUCGAAAAAUAAAAAAAAAAUUUAGGGGGGGCAAAGCCCCCUUAUGACGUACGGCUAUGAAAUAUAGAUAACAACCUACUCCCUGUCCGGUCGAGUCCACCUGCCAAAUUUCAUGAAAAUCGGUCAAGCGGUUUCGGAGGAGUACGGUAACAAAGCCUGCGAAUUAGAAUUUUAUAUAAUAUAUAGAUGUUAAACCACGAAAUUUUUUUAAAAAAAUAACGGUUAAAGAUAGAAAAGUGAAAAUUUAGGAUUGUAUGUAUCUUUUGCUUCUGAAUCAUAUACAAUUAAGAAAAAUCGGUUUGUCGAAAAAUAAAAAAAAAAUUUAGGGGGGGCAAAGCCCCCUUAUGACGUACGGCUAUGAAAUAUAGAUAACAACCUACUCCCUGUCCGGUCGAGUCCACCUGCCAAAUUUCAUGAAAAUCGGUCAAGCGGUUUCGGAGGAGUACGGUAACAAAGCCUGCGAAUUAGAAUUUUAUAUAUAUAGAUGUUAAACCACGAAAUUUUUUUAAAAAAAUAACGGUUAAAGAUAGAAAAGUGAAAAUUUAGGAUUGUAUGUAUCUUUUGCUUCUGAAUCAUAUACAAUUAAGAAAAAUCGGUUUGUCGAAAAAUAAAAAAAAAAUUUAGGGGGGGCAAAGCCCCCUUAUGACGUACGGCUAUGAAAUAUAGAUAACAACCUACUCCCUGUCCGGUCGAGUCCACCUGCCAAAUUUCAUGAAAAUCGGUCAAGCGGUUUCGGAGGAGUACGGUAACAAAGCCUGCGAAUUAGAAUUUUAUAUAUAUAGAUGUUAAACCACGAAAUUUUUUUAAAAAAAUAACGGUUAAAGAUAGAAAAGUGAAAAUUUAGGAUUGUAUGUAUCUUUUGCUUCUGAAUCAUAUACAAUUAAGAAAAAUCGGUUUGUCGAAAAAUAAAAAAAAAAUUUAGGGGGGGCAAAGCCCCCUUAUGACGUACGGCUAUGAAAUAUAGAUAACAACCUACUCCCUGUCCGGUCGAGUCCACCUGCCAAAUUUCAUGAAAAUCGGUCAAGCGGUUUCGGAGGAGUACGGUAACAAAGCCUGCGAAUUAGAAUUUUAUAUAUAUAGAUGUUAAACCACGAAAUUUUUUUAAAAAAAUAACGGUUAAAGAUAGAAAAGUGAAAAUUUAGGAUUGUAUGUAUCUUUUGCUUCUGAAUCAUAUACAAUUAAGAAAAAUCGGUUUGUCGAAAAAUAAAAAAAAAAUUUAGGGGGGGCAAAGCCCCCUUAUGACGUACGGCUAUGAAAUAUAGAUAACAACCUACUCCCUGUCCGGUCGAGUCCACCUGCCAAAUUUCAUGAAAAUCGGUCAAGCGGUUUCGGAGGAGUACGGUAACAAAGCCUGCGAAUUAGAAUUUUAUAUAUAUAGAUGUUAAACCACGAAAUUUUUUUAAAAAAAUAACGGUUAAAGAUAGAAAAGUGAAAAUUUAGGAUUGUAUGUAUCUUUUGCUUCUGAAUCAUAUACAAUUAAGAAAAAUCGGUUUGUCGAAAAAUAAAAAAAAAAUUUAGGGGGGGCAAAGCCCCCUUAUGACGUACGGCUAUGAAAUAUAGAUAACAACCUACUCCCUGUCCGGUCGAGUCCACCUGCCAAAUUUCAUGAAAAUCGGUCAAGCGGUUUCGGAGGAGUACGGUAACAAAGCCUGCGAAUUAGAAUUUUAUAUAAUAUAUAGAUGUUAAACCACGAAAUUUUUUUAAAAAAAUAACGGUUAAAGAUAGAAAAGUGAAAAUUUAGGAUUGUAUGUAUCUUUUGCUUCUGAAUCAUAUACAAUUAAGAAAAAUCGGUUUGUCGAAAAAUAAAAAAAAAAUUUAGGGGGGGCAAAGCCCCCUUAUGACGUACGGCUAUGAAAUAUAGAUAACAACCUACUCCCUGUCCGGUCGAGUCCACCUGCCAAAUUUCAUGAAAAUCGGUCAAGCGGUUUCGGAGGAGUACGGUAACAAAGCCUGCGAAUUAGAAUUUUAUAUAUAUAGAUGUUAAACCACGAAAUUUUUUUAAAAAAAUAACGGUUAAAGAUAGAAAAGUGAAAAUUUAGGAUUGUAUGUAUCUUUUGCUUCUGAAUCAUAUACAAUUAAGAAAAAUCGGUUUGUCGAAAAAUAAAAAAAAAAUUUAGGGGGGGCAAAGCCCCCUUAUGACGUACGGCUAUGAAAUAUAGAUAACAACCUACUCCCUGUCCGGUCGAGUCCACCUGCCAAAUUUCAUGAAAAUCGGUCAAGCGGUUUCGGAGGAGUACGGUAACAAAGCCUGCGAAUUAGAAUUUUAUAUAAUAUAUAGAUGUUAAACCACGAAAUUUUUUUAAAAAAAUAACGGUUAAAGAUAGAAAAGUGAAAAUUUAGGAUUGUAUGUAUCUUUUGCUUCUGAAUCAUAUACAAUUAAGAAAAAUCGGUUUGUCGAAAAAUAAAAAAAAAAUUUAGGGGGGGCAAAGCCCCCUUAUGACGUACGGCUAUGAAAUAUAGAUAACAACCUACUCCCUGUCCGGUCGAGUCCACCUGCCAAAUUUCAUGAAAAUCGGUCAAGCGGUUUCGGAGGAGUACGGUAACAAAGCCUGCGAAUUAGAAUUUUAUAUAAUAUAUAGAUGUUAAACCACGAAAUUUUUUUAAAAAAAUAACGGUUAAAGAUAGAAAAGUGAAAAUUUAGGAUUGUAUGUAUCUUUUGCUUCUGAAUCAUAUACAAUUAAGAAAAA